GCGGGGUAACCGACGCUUGCAUGCAGCGGCGCACAAGCUUGUCCGUGCCGGGGGCGCGCCGGCCCAUGUCGCCGAUACAGGACCACGACAAGGAGACGGACGAAGACGUCGUUGUCGCCAAGGAAGUCGACCAGCCCCGGAGUUCCACACGGUCGGUCAAGAUCAUUCCAUUCGCACCCGACCGGCUAAGCUUUGCCCUUCCAAAGGGCACCUCAACGUCCAGCAUCCUCAACACCAGCAUGCGCGAGAGCUCGGACGACUUGAUUGCGAACGCCGCGGCGCUGGCCGAGGGCACGGUGCUUCGGCCCAACGUCGCCGCCCUCCGCGCGAUCGGCAAGCUCAAGAUGAAGCACAAGGACAUGGUCGACCGGCGGCGGCAGCAGGCCCUCGACACGGACCGGCACCAUGCGAUUCUCAAGCAGUAUACCAUUCGCGCGGUCGCCAAGAAGACAACGAGCGCCGAGCAAAAACUGCCGUGGCACCUCGUCAACCCGAGUGCAAAUUGGUACAAGACAUGGCAGCUGAUGUCGCUCGGUAUCAUUUGUUAUCAGAGUUUUCAAACGCCGUACUCGCUCGCGUUCUCGGACGCCAACAGCAACCCGCUCCAAGACUACUUUAGUAUCACAACCAACACCAUUUUUGGCAUCGAUACGCUCCUCAACUUCAACACGGCGCUCGCCGACCCGGUCGUGCCCGACAAGUACAUUACGAGCCGCAAGGCGAUCAUGAAGCGCUACAUUUGUGGCUGGUUCGUCCUCGACCUCGUUGCGUGCUUUCCGAUCGACAUUGUCAUGUACAUUGCGCUCAACGAAGCGUCGUCGUCGAGUCAUUUGAGUAUUCUCGGGCUUCUCAAGUCGCUCCGUCUCCCGCGGCUUCUCCGACUCGCGCGGCUUGUGCGCGUGCUCAAAAUUUUGCAAAUCCCCGUCGAGUGGAAACGCUGGAUUCUGUAUUCGCGCUACUCGCACUUGAUUCGGCUCGUGACGAUGAUCCUCGCCUUCAUCUUUGUCGUCCAUAUCAUGGCGUGCGUCUGGCACGGGUCGGUCGCCCGUCUCGGGUGGCAAAAUACCGCGUUUCAGCCCGGCACGACCGUCGACUUGUAUGUGCUCAGCUAUUUCUUUACGCUCGUGACGCUCGUGGGCCAAAACAUGCAGCUCGAGACGCAAGCCGAGUACAUGUUUUCGAUCUACCUCCUCUUGCUCGGCUCGAUGCUCAUGGCCAUUGUGUUUGGUAAUGUCGCCAAUUUGCUCUCCAAUUUCUACGAGAACCAAAACAGCUACAAGAAAAAAAUGGAGUGGCUCUUCGAGUCGAUGGGCGCGAUGCAGCUUCCGCUCGACCUCCAAAACCGCAUCAACGAGUACUACCAAGUCAUGUGGGAACGCCACGGCACGCUGGACGGCCAAGUGUCGGUGCUCACGCAAGAGCUCUCGCGGAAUCUCGCGAUUGAAGUCGAGCUCUAUCUGCGGAUGGAGAUGAUCAGCCGCGUCCCCAUCUUCCAUACGUGCAGCAAAAAGGUCGUCCAAGAGAUUGUCAUGCGCCUCGAAAUGGACGUCUAUUUGCCCGGCGACUACGUCGUCGUCCAUGGCGAAAUCGCUUGGGAAAUGUACUUUGUGCAGUCGGGCAUUUGCGAAGUCACGAAAGGCGGUGUCGCAGCCAAUGACUCGUCGCCCCUCUUGAGCGAAGACGAAGUCGUGUUGCGGCACUUGACGCAAGGCGACUUCUUUGGCGAGAUUGCGCUGUUGAUGCAGUGCAAGCGAACGGCCAAUGUGCGCGCACAGAUCUUCUCGGAGCUGUGCGUUCUGACGCGGGACGUCUUUGAGUCGAUUUCAGCGAAGUUUGUCGAAGACCGCAUGCGCAUGGAAGAGGUCAUUGUGCAGCGGUACCACCCCGAUGUGCUCAAGCAGAUCGAGGUCGAGCAACGCGAAGCCAAGGGUCUUCCCCUCGUCUUGCAUCCGGAAGUCAAGCCCCCCAGUGACGGCGACGCGUCGACCAAGAUCCUGGCGGCGCUCGGCGAGCUCUCCAAUCGCAUGGGCAACCUUGAGCGCAAGGUACAAAACAUCGAAGACGCGCAGCGCCACUGCUUCAACAAGAUCUUCACGGCGCUCCAAGUGCGAAAAAAGAAACCCCCCUUUGACAAACCCCCCGCGAGCACCCCCCCCGGCUUUGAUCCUGUCAUGUAAUGCCCACCGCGUCCAAAUAAUAUACAAUCGUGGGAGC